UGGGAUGCGUGCUUUUGUUGGGGAAUAUCCUCUGGUCAAUUCGGUACCUCUAAGGGCAGGUUGCAGAAGUCAGCCCAGACAGCCUGCGGUCCUGAGAAAAGGCCCGCAGCCCUGAGAAAAGGCCCGCUCUAAGACGAGGGCCUCGAGCCGGGUAAGCAGGAUGGCGGCGAAGAAGAAGGAAGGGGGUGCUCUGAGUGAAGCUAUGUCCCUGGAGGGAGAUGAAUGGGAGCUGAGUAAAGAAAAUGUACAACCCUUAAGGCAGGGGCGGAUCAUGUCCACACUUCAGGGAGCAUUGGCACAACAAGAAUCUGCUUGUAACACUACUCUUCAACAGCAGAAAAGGGCAUUUGAAUCUGAAAUUAGAUUUUACGCUGGAGAUGACCCUCUGGAUGUGUGGAAUAAAUAUAUUAACUGGACAGAGCAGAACUAUCCCCAGGGGGGGAAGGAGAGUAACAUGUCAACAUUAUUAGAAAGAGCCGUAGAAGCACUACAAGGAGAAAAACGAUACUACAGUGAUCCUCGAUUUCUCAGUCUCUGGCUUAAAUUGGGGCAUUUAUGCAAUGAGCCUUUGGAUAUGUACAGUUAUUUACACAACCAAGAGAUUGGAGUUUCACUUGCUCAGUUUUAUAUCUCAUGGGCUGAAGAAUAUGAAGCUAGAGAAAACUUUAAGAAAGCAGAUAUGAUAUUUCAGGAAGGGAUUCAACGGAAGGCCGAACCACUGGAAAGACUGCAGUCUCAGCACCGACAAUUCCAAGCUCGAGUAUCUCGACAAACUCUGUUGGCACUUGAGAAAGAAGAAGAGGAGGAAGUUUUUGGAUCUUCUGUACCACAGCGAAGCACACUGGCUGAUCUAAAAAGCAAAGGGAAAAAGACAGCAAGAGCUCCAAUCAGCCGCAUAGGAGGUGCUCUCAAGGCUCCAAGCCAGAACAGAGGACUCCAAAAUCCAGUUCCUCUACAGAUGAUUAGUAAUUCUAGAAUUACCGUUUUUGAUGAAAAUGCUGAUGAGUCUUCUAGAACAGAAUUGUUUAAGCCUGCAGUCCAGCCCUGGAUAGCACCCCCUGUGCCUAGGGCUAAAGAGAAUGAGCUGAAAGCAGGUCCUUGGAACACAGGCAGGCCUCUGGAAUACAGGCCUCGUGGUAAUACAGCUUCUGUGACAGCUGCACUCCCUAUGCUUCCUAGUUUUACUCCAUAUGUGGAAGAGACUGUGCAGCAGCCAGUUAUGACACCAUGUAAAAUUGAACCUAGUAUAAACCACAUUCUAAGCACCAGAAAGCCUGGAAAGGAAGAAGGAGAUCCCCUGCAAAGAGUUCAAAACCAUCAGCAAGAGUCUCAGGAGAAUAAAGAGAAGAUGAUGUAUUGUAAGGAGAAGAUUUAUGCAGGAGUAGGAGAGUUCUCUUUUGAAGAAAUCCGGGCUGAAGUUUUCCGGAAGAAAUUAAAAGAGCAAAGGGAAGCGGAGCUUCUGACCAGUGCAAAGAAGAGAGAAGAAAUGCAGAAACAGAUUGAAGAGAUGGAAAAAAAGCUAAAAGAAAUCCAAACUAUUCAGCAGGAAAGAAUGGGUGAUCAGCAAGAAGAGAGGGCACCCACAAAGGAAAUGGCUGAACUGAGAAAUGCUUCUGAAUCUCGGGAAACGAGAGGAAUGGCUCUGUCUAAUUCUGUUUGUCCAGUGAACUCUUGUGCCAGGGAAACUUCACUUGCAGAAGACAUUUGGCAAGAACAACCUCACUCUAAAGGUCCCAGUAUACCUUUCUCUAUUUUUGAUGAGUUUCUUCAUUCAGAAAAAAAGAAUAUCAGUCCUCCUGCAGAUCCCCCACAGUUGUUAGCCCAACGAAGACCCCUUGCAAUUCUCAAAACCUCAGAAAGCAUCGCCUCAAAUGAAGAUGUGUCUCCAGAUGUUUGUGAUGAAUUCACAGGAAUUGAGCCUUUGAGUGAGGAUGCCAUUAUCACAGGUUUCAGAAAUGUAACUAUUUGUCCCAACCCAGAAGAUACUUGUGACUUCGCUAGAGCGGCUCAUUUUGCAUCCACUCCUUUUCAUGAGAUAAUAUCUUCAAAGGAUCUCCCUUCUGAUCCUGAGAGACUCUUACAAGAAGAGGAUCUAGAUGUAAAGACCUCUGAGGAGCAGCAGACUGCUUGUGGCAUUGUCUACAGUCAAACUCUAAGCAUUAAGAAGCUGAGCCCAAUUAUUGAAGAUAGUCAUGAAGCAACUCACUCUUCUGGGUUCUCUGGAUCUUCUGCCUCAGUUACAAGCACCUCUUCCAUCAAAUGUCUUCAAAUUCCUGAGAAACUGGAGCUUACUAAUGAGAAUACAGAAAACCCUACUCAGUCACCCUGGUGUUCACAGCAUCGCACACAGCUACUUAAAUCCCUACCAGAGUUAAGUGCCUCUGCAGAAAUUUUUGUAGAAGAUAGACCAAUGCCUAAGUUGGAAAUAGGGAAGGAAGUUGAAUUAGAUAAUGAGGAUUAUUACAUUAAACAAGAAUGCCUAAUAUGUGAAGAUUACAAGUUAUUCUGGGUGGCACCAAGAAACUCUGCAGAGUUAACCAUAAUAAAGGUAUCUUCUCUACCUGUCCCAUGGGACUUUUAUAUCAACCUCAAGUUAAAGGAACGUUUAAAUGAGGACUGUGAUCAUUUGUGCAGCUGUUAUCAAUAUCAAGAUGGCUAUAUUGUUUGGCACCAAUAUAUAAAUUGCUUUACUCUUCAGGAUCUUCUCCAACACAGUGAAUUUAUUACCCAAGAAGUAAUAAUAUUGAUUAUAUAUAAUCUUUUGGCAAUAGUGGAGAAACUACACAAAGCAGAUAUAGUUCAUGGUGACUUGAGUCCAAGGAGCCUGAUUCUCAGGAACAGAAUCCACGAUCCUGAUGAUUGUAAUAAGAACAGUGAGGCUUUGAAGAUAGUGGACUUUUCCUACAGCGUCGAUCUUAGGGUGCAGCUAGACAUUUUUACCCUGGGCGGCUUUCGGACUGUACAGAUCCUGGAAGGACAAAAGAUCCUGGCUAACUGUUCUUCUCCCUACCAGGUAGACCUGUUUGGUAUAGCAGAUUUAGCACAUUUACUAUUGUUCAAGGAACACCUACAGGUCUUCUGGGAUGGGUCCCUCUGGAAACUUAGCCAGAAUAUUUCUGAGCUAAAAGAUGGUGAAUUGUGGAAUAAGUUCUUUGUGCGGAUUCUGAACGCCAGUGAUGAGUCCACAGUGUCUGUUCUGAGGGAACUUGCAGCAGAAAUGAAUGGGGUGUUUGGCACCGCAUUCCAGAGUCAACUGAACAAAGCCUUAUGGAAGGUGGGAAUGUUAAUCAGUCCUGGGGCUUUGCUUUUCCAUCAGGAUAGGCAGUCAAGUCUCUCAAAGAUUCCUGCCUAAAAUAAAUGGUUGUAUUGUGGAACACUGUAUCUGUAUAUUGCUAUACUUUAACUUAGGACACUUUUAGAUACACUACCAACACUUUUCUACUUUUUGGUAAAGGUAUGUUUCUAGGUUAACUGGCAUUUUUUACACAUCACUACUCUUGGCCUUGUUUGACUUUAAUACAGAUAACUGUUUUAUUCUAAACAGACUCCAUAAGGAUGGCUGGCUACCUUCCCAUUUAACACAUUUGUCUCUAUUUUUUCCCCUUUUAUAAUUUGUGAUAUGUAUCCUU